AUGUCAGAAGAAAUACAAUAAUCGAAUUCAGGUUAAUAGUUGAUAACCCAUUAUUUUAAUCAAAAUCCUGAAAAUUCAUAAGAUAGAUAGAGAAUAAGUAGGAAAAGAAAGAUGGAUUCAGAGUUACCUAAGAAAAAGAUGUCACUUAAAUUAAAAAGUGAUGAUGAAUCAUCUAAUGAUAAUAUUUAAUUACCAUUAACUAAUCCACCUAAUUGUUAAACGAUCUACAAAUACUUGAAAUCAACAAAUGGUUUAAGUAAUGAAGCGGGUAAUUAGAGUAAAGCAUUAUAGUAAAAAAACACAGAUGAAGGUAAGUUAAAAGUUUAAGGGAAUGAUAAAAGUUCAUUUGUUAAACCCAAAGAUAGUAAAGUUAUUUUAUAGUCAGUUUAAAAAUAAAGUGAUGAUGAAGCAAACAAAUUGUAAUAAAAAUUGAUGGAGAAAGAAUAAGUUGAAAAGUAAUUAAGAUAGGAGAAAUAACAAUUAGAAAAUGAACGUUAAGAGUUAAUUUAAUAACAUAAUGCUUUUAAAAAGAGAACUUAAGUAGUAUUUGCAGAGGCCUUAAAAUAAGUGGAAGAAUUAAAGCGGGAAAAAAUGAGAGAAUAUCUAGAGAGGGAACGUUAUAGAUUAGGUGAAUUUAUUAGUUCUAGAAAUAAUGUAAGGUUUGUAGAGGAAUGGUAAGAUGGAUAUGAAAUUAAGCAAGUUAAAUAAAAUUUAUAAAAAUUAGAAAAUGAAAGAAAUGAAUUAGAAAAAUAAAAAAAUGAAAUUAAAGAUAAAUCCUUAUCAAAAAUAUAAAAAGAUAAAUAAACUAAAUUAGUAUUUGAAUUAGAUUUAUAGAAUGGAGAUUUGGAUAAUAAUCAAAGGAAACUUAGAAUCUAAUUCUAAUUGAGUAUACUAAAGAAAGAAGAAGAAGAAUUAAAAUUGAAAUUAUAAAAAUUAGAAGAGGAGAAACAAUAAUUGGCAUAUAAAACUAGAAGAUUUAUGGAGGAAUAGGGGUAACUAUUAUAGAUUAUUAUUAUUUAGUUGUCGAUAUUAUAGAGCAGAACCAAAAUGGCCAUUAAUUGCAUAGAGAUAUUAAACAUUAGGUUUAUUGGGAAAAGGUGGAUUUUCUGAAGUUUAUAAAUCCUUUGAUUUAUAAGAAUUUCGAGUUUGUGCUUGUAAAAUUCAUUAUUUAAAUCCAUAAUGGAAUGAAAAUGCAAAAAAUAAUUAUAUUAAACAUGCAUUAAGAGAGAAUGAUAUUCAUAAGAGACUAAAACAUAUUAAUAUUGUAUCUUUAUAUGAUACAUAAGAAAUAGAUUAAGAUUCUUUUUGGUAUUUAAAUAAUAAUUAUAAGAAAUAGUACAGUAUUAGAAUUUUGUGAUGGAACAGAUUUAAAUUAACAUUUGAAGAAAUAUAAAUUAUUAGCAGAAAAGGAAGCAAAGCUUAUUAUUCGUCAAGUAUUGGCAGCAUUACAUUAUAUGAGUUGCAGUCCUACUAAAAUUAUCCAUUAUGAUUUAAAACCUUAAAAUAUUUUAUUUCAUAAAGGUGAAGUUAAGAUUACUGAUUUUGGAUUGUGUAAAGUUUUAGACUAUGAUACUACUAGAUAAGAAUUAACUUCAUAAGGAUUAGGAACAUAUUGGUAUUUACCUCCAGAAUGCUUUUUAGAACAAUAAAAUAUCUAAAUAAGCACUAAAGUAGAUGUAUGGUCAGUAGGAGUUAUUUUAUUUGAAAUGGUUUAUGGUAAAAAGCCUUUUGGAGAUGGAAUGUCAUAGGAAAGAAUAGCCUAAGUAAAAUAUUAGUAAUUAUCUUUUAGGAAAGAGUUAUUUUAAACUCUUAUUAAGUUAAAUUUCCUUAAAAACCAAAUGUUUCACAAGAAUGCAAAGAUUUCAUUACUAAAUGCUUAACUUAUAACAUGGAAGCAAGAUGGAAUAUUUCAGAAGCAUACUACUGCAAUUAUAUUUAAAAUUUAAAAACAACUAAUUGA